AUGACUGAGCCGACAAAGAUCAGCAUUCUGGGCCAUGAGAGCAUCAUCGCUGACUUCGGUCUAUGGCGUGACUAUGUUGCCAAGGACCUGAUCAGCGGCUUGCCCUCGACCACCUAUGUUCUGAUCACCGAUACCAAUCUCGGAUCCCUUUAUACACCCCGUUUCCAAGAAUCUUUCGAGGCCGCCUCCACCUCGAUCUCUCCUGCCCCGCGCUUGCUCGUUUACAAUGCCCCACCUGGCGAGAGCUCAAAGUCUCGACAAACAAAGGCCGAUAUCGAAGACUGGAUGCUUAGCCAGAAUCCACCAUGUGGCCGAGACACCGUGGUGAUCGCAUUGGGUUGUGGUGUGAUUGGGGAUUUGACCGGAUUCAUUGCGGCGACCUACAUGCGAGGUGUCCGCUUUGUCCAGGUCCCUACCACUCUGCUGGCAAUGGUAGAUUCCUCGAUUGGAGGCAAGACGGCCAUCGAUACUCCGUUGGGCAAAAACCUGAUUGGAGCUAUCUGGCAACCAUCAAGAAUCUACAUUGAUCUCGAAUUCCUCGAAACACUCCCUGUUCGGGAAUUUAUCAACGGCAUGGCUGAAGUCAUCAAAACUGCCGCCAUCUCAAGCGAAGAAGAGUUCACUGCCCUGGAAGACAAUGCUGAGUUGAUUCUCAGUGCUGCUCGUAGUGAGGUGAAGCCAGGGCAAGGGCGCUUCGACAACAUUCGCGACAUUCUGAAGGCCCGAAUUCUGGCCUCUGCUCGUCAUAAAGCCUUUGUCGUCUCCGCAGACGAAAGAGAAGGUGGUCUUCGCAAUCUCCUUAACUGGGGCCAUUCUAUCGGCCAUGCGAUCGAAGCAAUUUUGACUCCCCAGAUUCUCCAUGGAGAGUGUGUGGCUAUUGGUAUGGUGAAAGAAGCUGAGCUUGCACGUCACUUGGGCAUCUUGAAGGGCGUCGCCGUUGCUCGUAUCGUCAAAUGUAUCUCCGCAUACGGUCUGCCCACAUCCAUGAAGGACUCCCGGGUCCGAAAGCUUACUGCUGGCAAGCAUUGCUCCGUGGAUCAGCUUCUGUUCAACAUGGCUUUGGACAAGAAGAACGACGGUCCGAAGAAGAAGGUUGUUCUUCUUUCCGCCAUUGGACGCACCUUUGAGCCCAAGGCUAGCGUCGUCUCCAAUGAAGAUAUUGGCGUCGUUUUGGCACCAAGCAUCGAGGUACGUCCGGGUGUGCCGAAAGAUCUCAAUGUCACAUGUGCGCCACCAGGCUCCAAAAGUAUCUCUAACCGUGCUCUUGUACUUGCUGCAUUGGGCUCUGGUACAUGCCGGGUCAAGAAUCUCUUGCACUCGGAUGACACUGAGGUUAUGUUGAACGCUUUGGAGAAGCUCGGUGCUGCCACUUUCUCUUGGGAGGAGGAGGGUGAAGUUCUGGUAGUCAACGGCAAGGGAGGCAAUAUCACGGCCAGCCCUUCCCCCCUGUACCUGGGCAACGCCGGUACUGCCUCCAGAUUCUUGACUACGGUGGCGACACUCGCCAACCCUAGCACCGUCAACGAAAGCGUUUUGACCGGCAAUAACCGUAUGAAGCAACGGCCGAUUGGGGACCUCGUCGACGCUUUGACCGUGAACGGUGCCGGCGUUGAGUAUAUGGAGCGUAAGGGUAGUCUGCCCCUCAAGAUUGCAGCCUCGGGCGGCUUUGCUGGAGGCGAUAUCAAUCUCGCGGCGAAGGUGUCUUCUCAAUACGUCUCCUCGUUGUUGAUGUGUGCCCCUUAUGCUAAGGAGCCCGUGACUUUGAGGCUGGUUGGUGGCAAACCCAUCUCUCAGCCAUACAUCGAUAUGACUACGGCCAUGAUGCGAUCUUUUGGAAUUGAUGUGAAGAAAUCAACAACUGAGGAACACACUUACCACAUCCCCCAGGGUCAUUACGUGAACCCAGCCGAAUACGUGGUCGAGAGUGACGCAUCUUCUGCUACUUACCCCUUGGCCAUUGCUGCCAUUACGGGCACCACCUGCACUGUCCCCAACAUUGGAUCCAAGUCGCUGCAAGGUGAUGCUCAGUUUGCCGUCGAUGUGCUCCGACCCAUGGGAUGCACUGUGGAACAGCUGGAUCACUCCACGACUGUCACCGGACCAGCUGAUGGUAUUCUUCGACCUUUGCCUAAUGUGGAUAUGGAGCCCAUGACGGAUGCUUUCCUGACUGCAUCUGUCCUCGCUGCGGUUGCCAGGGGCGAGAAUUCGAACCACACAACGCGCAUCUACGGCAUUGCGAAUCAGCGAGUGAAGGAAUGUAACCGUAUCAAAGCCAUGAAGGACGAGCUUGCUAAAUUCGGCGUUGUCUGUCGCGAGCACGAGGAUGGACUCGAGAUCGACGGCAUUGAGCGGUCUACUCUUCGCCAACAUGCGGGCGGAAUUUACUGCUACGACGAUCAUCGCGUUGCCUUCAGUUUCAGCGUACUCUCGCUUGUUGCUCCGAAGCCGACACUGAUUUUGGAGAAGGAGUGCGUUGGAAAGACCUGGCCAGGCUGGUGGGACACCAUGAAGCAACUUUUCGGUGUAAACCUCGAGGGAAAGGAACUCGAGGAGGACGAUCAUGCUGCUUCUGGAUCUGAGGAGCGCGCCAAUGCUUCGGUCUAUAUCAUUGGAAUGCGCGGUGCUGGCAAGACCACCUCUGGUCACUGGGUUGCCAAGAGCCUUGACCGGCCUUUCAUCGAUCUCGACACUGAAUUGGAGAAGAUUGAAGGUGCCACGAUUCCCGAUAUCAUCAAGGAGCGUGGCUGGCAAGGAUUCCGUGAUGCGGAAUUAGCAUUGCUCCAGCAGACGAUGCGAGACCAUCCCAAAGGAUAUGUCUUUGCAUGUGGCGGCGGCAUCGUGGAAAUUCCCGAAGCUCGCAAGCUACUCGCAGAUUACCAUAAGAACAAGGGCAACGUGCUCUUGAUCAGCCGCGACAUCAAGCAGGUCAUGGACUUCUUGCAAAUCGACAAGACCCGUCCUGCAUACGUGGAUGACAUGAUGGGAGUGUGGCUUCGCCGUAAGCCGUGGUUCCAGGAGUGCAGCAACAUUCAAUAUCACAGCCAACACUCCAGUAAGACAGAACUUACUUUGGCUUCUGAGGAUUUCGAACGGUUUAUGCAGGUUGUUACUGGGCGAAAGGAUCACCUUGCUGAGAUCAAGAAGAAGAAACACUCAUUUUUCGUAUCGCUCACCCUGCCCGACCUUCGUGAGUGUGGUGACAUUCUGCACGAGAUCUGUGUUGGGUCGGACGCCGUCGAACUACGCGUUGAUCUGCUUCAGGACCCCGCUGCCAAUGGAGGCGUUCCCUCUGUUGACUUUGUGGCCGAGCAAAUGUCCUUCCUUCGCCGGCGAGUCUCACUGCCUAUCAUUUUCACGAUUCGCACGAAGAGCCAAGGAGGACGUUUCCCCGACGAUGACCACGAGGCUGCGUUGGCGCUGUAUCGAUUGGCAUUCCGCUCUGGCUGUGAAUUUGUGGAUCUCGAGAUCGCAUUCCCCGAUGAGUUGCUUCGUACCGUUCUUGAGAUGAAGGGCCAUUCCAAGGUCAUUGCUUCCCACCACGACCCUCAGGGGAAGCUCUCAUGGGCAAACAUGUCCUGGAUUCCGUCCUACAAUCGAGCCUUGGAGUACGGUGAUAUCAUCAAACUCGUUGGUGUUGCCAACAGCCUUGACGACAACACGGCGCUGCGCAAGUUCAAGAAGUGGGCCGAGCAGGCCCAUGAUGUUCCUCUGAUCGCUAUCAACAUGGGUGAUCAAGGCCAGCUCAGCCGCAUCCUGAACGGCUUCAUGACCCCAGUCUCUCAUCCCGCUCUUCCUUUCAAGGCUGCUCCCGGCCAACUGUCUGCAUCCGAGAUCCGUCGCGGUCUUGCGCUGAUGGGAGAGAUCAAGUCUCAGAAGUUUGCCAUUUUCGGGUCGCCCAUUGCCGGCUCUCGGUCUCCUGCUCUCCACAACACACUCUUCAAGGAGACUGGCCUUCCGCAUGAGUACGGACGCCUCGAGACCACCAAAGUUGAGGACGUGAGGGAUUAUAUCCGCGCUCCCGACUUUGGAGGUGCAUCUGUCACCAUUCCUCUGAAGCUAGAUAUCAUGCCCCUUCUGGACGAGGUUGCUCAGGAGGCUGAGAUCAUUGGAGCCGUCAAUACCAUCGUCCCUGUCUCCAACGGCGACAAGCCUCAACGCCUCGUCGGCUACAACACUGACUGGCAAGGUAUGGUUCAGGUGCUUCGCAAUGCUGGCGUUUAUGGCUCCUCGGGCACAGAAAGCGCUGUGGUGAUCGGCGGGGGCGGUACCGCCCGUGCCGCCAUCUACGCUCUUCAUCAGAUGGGUUUCUCGCCCAUUUACGUCGUCGGUCGCACCCCAAGCAAACUCGAGAACAUGGUAUCGACCUUCCCAACUAGCUACAACAUCCGUGUUGUAGAGAGCCCUGAACAGCUGGAGACCGUACCGCAGGUGGCCAUUGGCACCAUUCCUGCUGACCGGCCCAUUGAUCCCGCUAUGCGUGAGACGCUUUGCCACAUGUUUGAGCGCGCUCAGAAGGCCGACGGUACCGUCAUCGGCAAGUCGGUGGCUGAGAGCUCGCCCCGUGUUCUUCUCGAGAUGGCAUACAAGCCUGCCGUGACGGCACUAAUGCAGCUGGCUGCUGAUGCUGGAUGGAAGACCAUUCCGGGGUUGGAAGUCCUUGUUGGCCAGGGUGUGUAUCAGUUCACUCACUGGACUGGCAUUACUCCGCUCUACCAGGUCGCCAGGGAUGCUGUCAUGAGCACCGAGACAUUGUGA